UACAACUCGACACCUUUCUUCUCUCCUGUCCUCUCCACGACGAACACCACCACCACCACCACUCUUUCACUUUCAUCUCUCCAAUUUGCACUUCAUCAUGAUCGGCCGCACAGCCGGCAUUGUCGCAGCCAGUGCGCUGGGCGCCUCUGCUCUUCUCAUUCCCUCCAACUUUGAACUCGAACAGGGCGCCGACCUCGUUCUUCCCGAGGGCUCCGGUGCCAAACACGCCCUCAUCCAACUGCCUUGCCCGGAAUGUGCCUUCCCAUUCAAGCAGACGGAGGGCGCCAACGAUGUGGAGCCUGCGGCGGAGGAGGAGUUCUCGAUCCAAGGCGGCUCGUACAGCGUCGUCAUCAACAUGACCGUAUCCGAGAAUGGCAAGACUCUCGAGAUCAACGGGGAGCCUGUCUUCCCCAUGGGCAUCCAACUGGAAACGAUGAAAGAGCGUGUAUACGUCAACCAAGUAGCUUCUUCGGUGUCGGUUGAAGACGUGGAGGCGGGCAAGGCAAAGACGACACCACUCGAGGUGACCAGCUCCGGUGUCUCCUACCAACAGGCGGAGCACAUCUCUCCAGACGGACAUAUGAAAAUGCCCAUCAAGCACACCAUCUUUGCAUUGGAAGGACAACAAGUCUCUCUCGACGAGGUUAUCAUCAUGCUCCUGAAGACUCCUGAGGGGGAGCUCUUCAUUACGGAAAUCGCGACUGAGGCACGAGAGCCGGCACAACCAGUGGAAGAUUUGAUUCUGCCGCCACUAGCAGCUCUUGACGGGGAAACUGAUUGCCGAUUCUUUUCUGCCAGGCUAUGCCAAUUGAAGCACAUGCUGGAGGAGAAGGUCAAGAGCAUGCGUCAAGGCCACCGCCAUGGCGGCAAGAGGGUCGGCUGUCAUGGCGCCAAAGGCAAGAAGGCUGGUCGACCACACCACAUGGAAUCUCACGGCCGACCACACCACAUGGAAGCCCACGAUCACGUCGACGGUCCCCAUGGCGGAUACCAUUUCAUGCACUCGUUUGCUCGUGGCCUCACCGCGGUGCUCAUUCCGACCAUGGCCGGCGUCGCGGUCGGCAUGGUUGUCAGCCUGUUUGGUCUCUGCUUUGGUCGUCUUCUCGGCUUUCUCUGGUUCCGGCACCGCCGAGGUGGUCGCCGCGGUUAUGAGCCGGUCCGCCUCGAAGAAGGCGAUGCCGUCGCGGAGGCCGAGGCUGAGUGUGAGAAGAAGUAUUCUGCCGCCGUUCUCGAACAGUCUGAGCCCCUUCCCGUGUAUGAGGAGGCACCUUCGUACGAGGACGCUCACCACUAGCCGAAGCCACGAUUCUUUUCCUGGGCUCUCACUACUACUAUACUAUGGUUCUUUUUUUUUCCUAUUUGAAGAUGGUGAUGAGGAAUGUGGGAAGUGUAGGAGGAGGAGGAUGGAGAAGACACGCUUGAAAUGUUUUGAUGUAUCAGGCGUUUUUGGGGGUGUGUUUUUGCUUUGUAUCAUAUCGUCUACUGCCAAAUGCAAUGAGAACAAUCACGUUUGGGACCUCUCUCUCUCUCUC